AUGUUUAUAUGUAGAAUUUGUGAAAAACCAGUCUAAGCUACAUAAAUGGCAUAACAUUGUAUAAUGUGCGAAUAGCAAGCAGAAAGCAAAAAAAGAUUAUUAGAAUUAAAUUUGGAAUUAGCAAAUAUUUGUGAUUAAGCUUAUUAAGAAAAGAGGAAUGUACAAGUAAAGUUAGCAAUUAAAAAGUACUAUUAUUAUAAUUAUAUUAUAAGAUUGAGGAAUAAAACAAGAAAAAGAUAAUAUCAUAAUACUAUAUCUAUUUAUAGAAGAGUCUAGACUUUAGAUGAUUAAGAUGAAGAUGAAGAUAAUUAAAAUGAAUAUCAAUAAGAACUGAACAACAUAGUCAAUAUUAUGACAUAAAUUAUUAACUUUGCUGAAAAAACAUUAAAUAAUGCUGCUGAAGUUGAAGAUACUAAAUGUAAUAACUUUUCAUGAGCUUUAUUAAUAGAAACUUUAGUACUGUUAAAUGACAUUGUUAAUGCAAUUUAAUAUAUUGAAAGCCAAGAAACUUUGUAGAUUAUGAAUGCAACUCAUAAAUGUUUAUUAGAUAGACUUGAUUAUUAAAAAAAAAAAGAGAAUAUUAUCAAUAAUUCAAUUUAAGGAUCUCCUAAUCAAAAUUAAGAUAAUAUUAAUAAGAUUAAAAGAGCAUUUACUAAAUCUAAUUCAAUAUCUUUUAGAAUACCAAAAUUUUAGAAUUCUCCUUCUCCUUCUUAAAGAAUAUCUACAGAUCCUAUUUAAGAAGAAGAUGAUUCACCAUCAUCACCAUAAAUUUAAUCACCUUAAAAACUUACAUCUUAAAGAAAAACAUUUAAAAUGAAUUCUUCCAUUUUUAAAUUAAGUGAUGGAUCUGAAUCACCAAAAUCAAUUAAGUAAUCAUCUAUAUUAACUUAAAUGAAAACAAGUUAUUUUUGUUAAACGGAAAAUAAUUUAUAAAUUAAUUCUUCAAUUAAUGAUCUUAAAUUAGAAUAAGUGAAAAAAUAAUCAAAUAAUGAUAUCACUUAAUCAAAAGAAAAAAUUUAAAAUUCUUUAUAAAAACUAUCAUAAUUUAAAGCAUCUAUCCAACCACUUUUAAUGAAAAAUUUAAAAGAACAAAAUUUAGAAGAAAUUAAAGAAGAAAAAUCAAAAUAUCCAAAAACAUUUGAAAUUCAAAAAUAAUCUAUAAAAGAUAGUGAAAACUCAUCAAAUAUAUCUAGUAUGGAAUCUCCCAGUUCUAAUACAAAUAAUAAUGAAAUAAAUAAUUUAGCAUCUACUAAAAAAUAAAGAAAAAAGAAAAAAUUAAGCUUCUAAUCUUAAGAAAUUGAAAAAAUGCAAUUAGUUUCUAAAAAUUAACAAAGAAAAAGCAAAUUCUUUGAAAAUCAAAUAUGUAAAUCUCCUAUGGUUGUUUAAGAAAAUACAAUGGAUGAAAUUUUGGUAGAUAAAGGUUAUCAUUCUGAUUCCAACUUAGUUAAAACUGUUUCUCCUUAAUUAAAUGAAACUUUAAAAGUAGGAAUAAAAGAUUUUGAAUUCAUUAAAUUAUUAGGAAAAGGAGCUUAUGGAUGGGUGUUUUUAGUAAAGAAGAAAGGAUCAGGUGAUCUUUAUGCUUUGAAAAUAAUUGACUGUGCUUAAAGAGUAAUUUUUAAUAUUAUUAUAGAAUUUAGAAGCAUUUUUAGAAUAAUUAAAAGCUGAAAGAAACAUUUUCGAAAUUUUAAAUAGUAAUUUUGUUGUUAAAGCUUACUUUUCGUUUGUUCAUGAACAAUACCUUUGUUUUGUAUAAGAAUAUAUGAUGGGAGGAGAUUUAGCCAGUAUUUUAAAACAAUAUACGGUAGAUUCUAUAAUUAAUUCAAAUAGGCACUUGAUGAAUUUUAUGUUUAACAUUAUAUGGCUGAAAUCGUAUUGGCAUUAGAAUAUUUAAGAUAAUAACAUAUAGUACAUAGAGAUUUAAAACCAGAAAAUAUAUUAUUAGAUUGCUAAGGACAUUCUAAACUUGCUGAUUUUGGUUUAUCAGAAUAAGGAAUGAAUAGUAGAUUAAAAUUAAAAGAAAAAUUAAAUUCAUAAAAUUCUAUUGAAAUACCUACUUGUGUCGAACAAAUUAGUGAUCAAUAAGGUUAUUAGCCUAUUUAUAAAUAACUUAAAAAAGUAGAAUCAAUUUUAGUUGAGAAAUAAGGAAGUAAGACAAAAAAGUAUUUAAUUAAAUUCAAUAUAAAAGGAUUGUUGGAACUCCAGAUUAUAUUGCCCCUGAAAUUAUAUUAGGAACUUCAGUAAGCAAUUUUAGUUCAGAUUAUUGGAGUUUGGGUAUAAUAAUGUAUGAAUUACUUUGUGGUAUUACACCUUUUAAUGAUGAUACUGUUGAUAAAAUAUUUGAUAAUAUUUUGAAUAUGAGAAUUGAAUGGCCUUAAAUUGGAGAUGGAGAAGAUUGUAUUUCAGAAUAAGCAUAUGAUCUAAUAAUAAAAUUAUUGGAACCUGACUUUAAUAAGAGAAUAGGGCAUAAAUCUAUUGAAGAAAUAAAAAGUCAUAAAUUUUUUAAAGGUAUUACUAUAUUAUAAUUAUUAGGUAUUUAAUGGAACAAAUUAUUGAGUAAACCAGGAUUGAUUAUUCCGGAGUUGAAAUGUGAAUCAAAAGAUAAUGAAAAGAUGUAAUAGUUUUUAAAAAAGUUGGAGAAAACUAAUAAGGAUUAAGAAAAUUAAAAAUUAGCUUAAUAAUUGAAAGCCUAACUUUAAAAUUUAGAAAGAAUUGAUUUAUUAAAAUAAAGAAGCACAUAAGAAUCAGAUAAAUAUUUGUAUAACUAUUUAUUAAUUAGAUUGUAAGUGUAAAAUGAAUAGAAAAAAAUUUAACAUUAAAUUGAGUUACUUACACAACUUUAUGCCAAACUUUACUAAUGCUACUCAAAAAUGUAGUGA